AUGUCAGCAACCAGCCCACCUACCUAUGACCAGAUAUACUUGAAAGCAAAGAAUGGAUUUACUGGUGAUGCAACAGUAUGGAAUCAGAUAUUUCAAUAUAUUCGCCUUUAUCCGAAUGAGUUAUUUUAUAUAUCAUCUAAUCGUGCUUGGUCUAUUGGACAUCAAAUUGUCUAUCAUGGCAAUUUGAAACUCUUGCAGAGUUUACUGAGUUUAUACAAUGAACGAAACCCUAUAGAUAUAGAAUCAAAAACUAGAGAUACACCAAAUCCAAAGACUAUUCUUGAUGUAGCUAAUGAGCGAAAGGAACGGUUUAGAGAACAAUAUGAAUAUAUAAAACACUUAUUUGACCAAGAUAAAUUUAACAGAGCAUGUAAAGCAUAUGACUGGGUAACUGUAGACAACAUGUUAGAGAGAGAUGCGCGAUUAUUGAAUGAAAAACCACCGUAUUGCUUAAAUUAUUUUAUACAUUACUUAGUUUUAUAUGGUGAUGUUAGAAAAUUGUCUGAUUAUGUCUUACGAUCUUAUCAAUUUCAAAUUCAUUUAAAAAAUGCUGAUGGUAAAACACCGUUGGUUUUAGCGCAAGAACAACGGAACGAUGAUCUUGUUGAAGAAAUACAAUCAUUGAUACCUUCAGGUGACAGAGAAAAUGCUACGAUGAAUGAUGAACGUGAAGACGAUCGAUCAGUGUUCGUUGAUUCUCCGCCAACGACUGCUAAUCGUCAGACUAGUGUACCAACGACAGUACAACAAGUUACACCUCAAUUAUUAAAAAAUUUAACAUGUACGAUAACAAAACGGAUAUUUGUUGAUCCUGUUAAAGCGACUGAUGGAAAAACGUAUGAACGAAGUGCCAUCAUAGAUUGGCUUCGUGGAAAUCGUGUUUCACCACAAACCGGUGAAUUCAUGGACGGUGUACUUGUCGAUGAUAUUCCUACAAAGAAUUUGAUUAUUGAACUUCGACAACGAAAUUUACUUCCAUAA